CGAGCUCGGACAGUACGAAAUAACGUAAUAAUUGAGUCAUCAAGCACCGCGGCUAAUUCACGUGAGCUCAUGUGACCGUGGCUAGCCGUCCACUGGAAGUUGUGUGGAGCCGCAUCCGAACCUCACAGAUCUUUAUCUUGACCGCAUGGACUCCACAGAUACCGACAGGAUGUCACAGAUACCGGUUCGCGUAUAGGGGCCGGUGUGAAUAUUGCGCUGUUAUUCCAUAUAUCACUGGAGGAGAGUAAGGGAAAGAAAGAGAGUGGACUGCCUGUGUUGGGAUGUAAUCUUGAUGUUGGCUCAUGGAUUAAUCACUCCAAAAGGGACACGACUCCCUGAGCUGAUACUCCCUGGUCUUAAUGCUUCAGUCUGACCACAUACAGAUACAGCCGUCUCCUUGUCUUGGUUUUCUUGGCAAUUUUAUAUUCAUAUUUCCCCCAAGGUCGCCAUGUUUUCUUCUGCUUUGAAGUCUUUUAGCUCAAACAUAGCUGCCAAUUACCAGCUAUCCCCGCACCCCUCGUUUACUUCUGGCCCGUGGAAAGUUUAUGAAGGCAAGAAAAAGAGUACCGGAGUUGCAGCAUCGGUUUUCGUUUUUGAUCGGAAAUCGCUUGAUGCGCGGCCUGGUGGCCUUGGCUCCCGAUCUAACACCUCGUCUCUGAAAAAGUUACAUGAUGAAGUUGUCGAAAGGCUUAGACGGGAAGCAAGUAGCCUCACCCGGCUAAGGCAUCCUUCCAUUCUACAGGUCCUGGAGCCAGUGGAAGACACCCGAAAUGGCGGUUUGAUGUUUGCAACGGAGCCAGUCACCACAUCUUUAACUGGGCUGUUGCGGGAGAAAGAUGAGCAAGAGAAAUUUUCCGGUGGUGGGCGGGCCGGCCGAUCUAUCGGCGGGGAGUCCGAUGUAAAUCGAACUGGGAAUAGUAUCGAAUUGGAUGAAAUCGAAAUCCAGAAAGGUUUACUGCAAAUUGCCAAAGGCCUAGAAUUUUUGCAUGAAUCUGCCGGUCUUGUCCACGGCAACUUGACCCCUGAAGCCAUCUACAUCAACACGAAAUCCGACUGGAAAAUAUCUGGCCUUGCCUUUGCUGGUCCAGCUGACGCAGGCUCACAGUCAUCUUUGCCUCCAAUUGCACUUUCAGAGGUUCUAUAUCAAGAUCCCAGACUACCAGCUUCCGUUCAACUUGACCUGGACUAUACCUCUCCUGACUUCGUAAUUGACUCGAAUAUCUGCACGUCUGCAGACCUCUUCUCCCUCGGCCUUAUCAUUGUUACUCUUUAUAAUUCUCCUCACACGUCUCCUCUUAAAACACACGGCAAUCCUUCUACAUACAAAAAAUUAUUAAGCUCACCGUCGACAAUACCGUCACAGAGUAAUGGAUUUCUUGCCUCAGGCCCAAUACCAAAGGAUCUAGCGUCUCACGUUCUACCUAGGCUCAUUGCUAGAAGACCGGCUCAGCGCAUGGAUGCAAAGGAGUUCCAACAAUCCCAAUACUUCGAUAAUGUACUAGUGUCAACUAUACGCUUUCUAGAGACUUUGCCUGCGAAAACAGUUAAUGAGAAGUCUCAAUUCAUGAAAGGAUUGGGUCGCAUCUUGCCCGAGUUCCCGUCUUCUGUCCUCGAAAGGAAGGUUCUUGGUGCCCUCCUGGAUGAAAGCAAAGACAAAGAAUUGCUUCCACUUAUCCUGUCGAAUGUGUUUAAAAUUAUCAAAAUUAUUCCAUCCGGUCCGCGGGUCGUUCCUGAGAAAGUCCUUCCCCACAUCAAAUCAAUUUUUCUGCCAGCUGGAGCAAAAGGCUCUUCGCAGGAGCGUGAUCAUUGCAAAGAUGCUAGUCUCAUGGUUGUUCUCGAAAAUAUGGAUAUUAUAGCGAAAACCUGUUCGGGACGGGAUUUUAAAAAUGACGUACUACCUCUAAUCCGUCUAGGAUUAGAGUCCAACGCCCACUCGCUAGUCGACGCUUCAAUGCGCUGCCUCCCCGUGAUGCUGCCAAUUCUUGAUUUCUCGACUGUGAAGGAUGACGUUUUCCCUCCUAUUGCCUCCGUUUUCACCAGAACCAGCAGCCUUGCCAUCAAAGUUCGAGGUUUGGAGUCGUUUGCUAUUUUAUGCGGCGGUUCCGUAAAGGAAGCAUCUUUGACUCCGAACGGUGAUUUCGUUGGCACCUCAAGCAAGUCCGAGCAACCCAAGUCCGGCUCAACUUCGAUUCUUGACAAGUAUACUGUCCAAGAAAAAAUAGUUCCCUUGCUGAAAGCUAUUAAAACAAAAGAGCCUGCAGUUAUGAUGGCAGCUCUAAAUGUGUUUCGACAGGUCGGCCAAAUUGCCGAAACUGAAUUCAUCGCUCUAGAGAUCAUUCCAACGUUGUGGAAUUUCAGUCUGGGCCCGCUUCUCAACGUCCAGCAAUUUGGCCGCUUCAUGGACCUGAUAAAAUCCCUCUCUUCAAGGGUCGAGCAACAACAAACGAAAAAGCUACAAUCGCUUUCCUCGUCAAAUGAUUCCGGAAACCCUAGAAAGAGUGAUUCUAAUUUAUUCGGAACGAUGGAAACUGCAAAUGGCGGAACUGAUGUUGAAAACACACGAUCGGAUUUCGAACGCUUAGUCCUUGGUAAAGCAACGACAUCUAGUUCUAAUGAUGCCUCCUGGAAUUCCUGGGACACUGCAAAUCCGCCCAGGUUUGCAUGGUCGACUGUGAAUUCCGUCAGCGCCAACAAUACUGGAGGUCGUAAUUCACUUGCAAACGUGUCAGGGCCUUCUCAACGAUCGAUUACUCCAGAUAUGAGCAUGGCCUCCUUCCCUGCUCUUGCCCCUUCAACUACCCAACAGCAAUCAUCCAUGGGUUCAUCAUUCCCAGCGUUGCAACCUGCGCGCCCCUCACAACCGUCCCAGCCUUCAUUAUCUUCCACUUGGUCGACAAUGACCCCGAUUACAAACACCAAUACUAUCCAACGACCCACUUCGAUGAUGAAUCAGUAUUCCGCAAACCCGACCUAUCCGCCAACCUCCACAACCUCCACAACAUUACCAUCAACUUCAUCCUUUGGUCUGAAUACACAGCCAACAAUGCCACUCUCCCCAUUUUCGAUCCCUCCUCCACCGCCAUCAAAUUUCCAGCAACAGCAAAAGCCAUCAACCGAUCCCCUUUCCGCCGCUUUUGGUCAGCCAAAAGCGAACCCAACCCAGCAGUGGCAUUCGAAUUCGACUCAGAUACCCCCAGUUCUACGACCGCCAGUUAACCAGCAGAAGCAGGGCCUUGAUAAAUAUGAGAGCCUCAUUUGAGAAUAAAUUUUGCAGUUUGCCCACAGGUGCCAAUUACCGAACUAAGUGAAUCUUCCCUACGACCCCUCGGCGAGGUGCCUUUCAAUCGUGUCCCUAAGAGGGUUAGGCGUAAUUACUAUACGGAAGAUAUGAGGCAAAACUAUUGCCGGAAUAUGUGUUUCAUGGUGUUAUAUAUCCAUUCAAAUUUUGUGGCAUUCAAAUUUUGUGGCAGUCGAGGUUAGGUCUAGAUCUUCCACUUUUCUGAAUCAGAAAUGUUCUUAUUGUAAUCCCUUAUUUUCUCUACAAGAUUUAACUCCGUCCGAUAUGGGGCACAAUCCGUACUCAUUCUACUUAACCUGAAUAGCCAUUACAUUGUUAAAGCGCUAUUUUGUACGAGAUUGAAACAGUGGAUGUUGCGGGCAUAGUACCUAAAGGGUUGAAAUCCAGAACUGGAUACUUACUUCCAUAGGCCCCGAUAGACACCCUGGGAUUUUCUAGGUCGGUUUUGGAAUUGCUUUUCAACAGUCUUGUCGCUCGCUUGGUGUCAUAUACUAUUCAUAAGAAGUCUGAACCCUGAUUAUUAUCUCGAUAGACAGACCAAAAUGAGCGCUCUGGAAUAUCCAUGGAGCUGAGAAUUGAAGGUAAACUCUCAUUAGCAUACGACUUCAAAUGACUGCACCUUAUUGAAUGCGAGAGAAAGUAACCCUUCAGGGAAGAGAUCUUUACACAGAAAUUCUCGCAGAAUUCACCAUCCCCUAUUUCUGGUAACUGCAGCCCAUUGAUAGGCUUCAAGUGACGGGGCUUCCUUCUUGGGUCAGAUGGUAUACGGCACGCUUCCCUAGGAAAUGGGAGACAAGAAAUAGGAUUUCCUAGACUUUUUUAAGUAUGUGAAAUGUUUGUUCUGAUGAAACUCCCGGUCGUCUCACUGGAAGCGCAUACCAUUAUCCUGAAUUUUCGUCGCCUCGAUAUUUCGUGGAGAUUCCGCAAGAAAUGAAACACCCUCGAUAUCGUUCACGAUCACAAUAUCUCACUCCAAGAGAAAGACCGCUAGAGGAGGAGCGUAGUCAAGGGUAAAUGAGUAAAUGGGAGGGGACACUGCCCCUUGCAAAAUGUGCAGACCAGGCAGGAAAAUCCUAAAGCAAUUUAGAGAGGCUAUUUGGGUUAUCAAACAAAUCAUAGCUUCUUCUGCGGCACCAGACGAGCAACUUGGUAUGCCAUCGCUUAAUCAUUGGUAGUUGAGGACCAAACGGCGCUCGUUAAACAGCCUAAAUGCUGGUGAUCUUUCAUGGGUUCGAAGGGUCCUGAUAGGCUCGCUAUUGAUCAUCUCAAACCAUUUUAUAUUCGGGGUUGGGAGGGAUGACGGCGGAGCUGUCCGGUAUUUCCGGGCUACAUUGUAUAGAAUAGGUUCAUCCCCCAUAGCUUCCAGUGAGGCAAUAAAUAGUCGCAUUCUCCUUUUAUUUAUGAGACGUGAGACGGGCAAGAGGACAAGGGCAAUAGGCCUCUAAAAAAAGCCUUUUGCUUCCCGUAUAUUGCCAUCGAGCUUCGUAGUUUGCGGCGCGCAUAGUUGCUCUGUUCUUUUUAAGGGACAAAGCUUCGUCGUGCGCAUCAUAUCUUUGAACGUUACUAUUCAUGUCCCAGAGCAAAGCUUUUUGAUUAUGGCUGGCCGUGAUGUCGUCUGCUAGCUGCAGGAGAGGUAGUUAAUGAUCAACUCAUUGCAAAUCAGCAUUUCUAGGUUUGCUUCUUCGAAAAAAGAAGGGAUGGGGAUAAGCCAUGCAUGUGGAUACAAG